AUGUCUAGGCUUCCCGCUCUGGAACCAUGUUGGCAUCAGCGUGCUUUGUGUAGGCCGCUUGCGGGCAUGGGGCAUGCCCGCACAGUGAGGAGGACGCGGGUGCGGCAGUACCUGACACAUGCAUCAGUUGUGAUAAACAACAGCUUUAACGAAGGGGGCCUUUACGUGGACGGGGCAUCCAUCUUCGCCUGCUCGGUGCUACUGCUGGUGCUCCUCGCCUUCUCAACCAAUCGCAUAUUCGGCCUGGACCGCCUCCUUGCUAAGACGGCGCGAUCAUGGAGAGAGGAGAAGCGCAAGAGAGAACUGCAGGCACCAAGCCCACGCGCGAAGCACAGAAUCUCCGGAUACAUUAAAAAAAUUCCCGCCAAGCUCACCCAGUCCCAAUCCCCCACGCUGUCUACAAAAUCCAUACACUUGGUUGCCAAAAUGCUCACGACGACCAAAGCGGAGACCAGUGAAAACCCGCUAAAAGAUCUGUGCACAGCAACAGUACGCUGGCCUCAGCGCACACAUAUCAAGAAUCAACAGCUUGCAAAACGACGCAGCGUGCCUUGCUAUACAGCAUUGCCCAGGUUAGCUUGGCUGCCACUUGCACUGACGCCGGUGGGCCCUGUCACUGCUGGCGGCCGCACCAUCUGCGCCGCCUGCGCCUGCGCCAUGAGCUGCGCCAUUUGCAUCUGUUGCUGCUGUUGUUGUAGUGCUUGGGUCUUCAACAGCGGCAUAGUGUCGUGCUGGUACCCAGAAUCUUGGGGUCAAACAAGGGCACCGGCCGCUGUUUGGUCCGCCGACAAACACCACUAUACCUACCAUACGAUGAUGCCCACAAAGAUGAAUAUAAAUGCGAUUAGGGCAACCCACGGCACGUAUGCCAGCGCACGCUUCCUGCAGGCUGCCAGCUCGCCCAAGAACAAUGAAUCGCAUGCGAAUUCACCGUCACAGGAUGCAGCUUUCGGCAAUCAGGGACUCGGCGGUUCCCAGUUCGCCCCGGACGACACUCUGGGCUCCGCCGUUGAUUCUUUGCUUCUUGCGUAUGAUCUCCCCCUAACCGCCUACGCCCUGCAGCGGCUGCUUUCCCACGUGACCCCUGACCAACUAGUCCACGUGGCCCAUCUGGGUCUCGGAGCGUGCUGCUCCGUUGACCUCGUUGCCGUACACUGCCCCGACGGCAGCCGCCUGCUGGUCGCCGCCAAAUCCUGCUACCUCCCCCCGAGCGACCCACGCCUGCGCGCCUCAUUCCGUGAAGCGGAGCUACUGCGUCAAUGCGCCGACUGCCCCUUCAUCAUGCAACUCCUAGCCCUGCUAGAACAGCAUGGUCUAGCUGACCGUGGCGCCGCCGCAGCUGCUCCGUCGCCAGGUGGAUCCAUCAGCCCUAUAGGCACGCCGCCCCGGCUCUCCAAUGAGAUGGCUUCAGGGCUCGUCGGAAUGGGCAGCGAAGGCGGCAGCCUGGGCAUGCCUUCCACGUGGCUGUCGAUGACGUCAUCCUUGGAAUCAGCGCCUUCGGCGGUGACGGCGGCGGCGGCUGCCAUGAUGUCCAGCCCGGGAUACCAAGCCUGGGCGCAGUGGCGCGGUGGCGGCGCAACGGAGGAUCUGGAGUGGCAGAUCAUGCAACGGCUGGCGGCCGUGGUGAACAGCAAUGGUAGCGGCAGCAGCGGCGGCGCAUUUGAUGCAUUCGGAGGCGGCGGCAGCGGCGGAUACCUGGGCGGCAUGGGGACCUUGGCCAGCGUACGGAGCAGCCUGACUGGGUGGGAUCCCUGUGCCAGCAGCACCAGCGCGACGGCGGUGCAAGAUGAUACGCUGGGCAGCUGCGGCGGCGAGCCCAGCGGCUGUGGCGGCGGCUACGCGGCGCACGGAUACGGUGGUGGCUGGGCUCAUGGUGGCGGCGGCAACUGUAUGCCCGGAGCUCCAGCACCGCGUGCACGCCCACGCUGCCGGCGGGCAUCCAUGGACAUCAUCGACAUGUACGGGGGCUGCCCAGGCAUGGAUGGCGUCGGUGGGGGCGGAGCAACAGGAGGCGGCAGCGGUGUCGGCGACGGCACGGUGGAGCCGCCGGCCGUAAUGUGCACGCUUUUAAUCGGCUGGGCGCGGUGCGGCGAUUUGCGGAAGCUGGUGCAGCUGCUUCUGGGCCGCUCGGCGGCGCACCAUAACCCUAAGACGGCCGGCGCCGUGCCCGCUGUGUCGUGCCUGCCGCUGCUGAUGCCCGAGGACGCGGUCCGCUUCUACACGGGCUGUGUGGUGCUGGCGCUGGAACACUUACACUGCAAGCUCAACACAGUGCACCGGGACCUCAAACUGGCGAAUCUGCUGCUCCUGGACACCGGCUACGUGGUCGUGGGUGACCUGGGCACAGCAGUGGAUCUGAGCUCAGUACCCGGGGGGAGACUCAACUCCAGGGUGGGCAGUCCAGGCCACAUGGCCCCCGAGUGCCGUGAUCGCGAUGAGGCCGGGUACGACACCGCCGCGGACAUGUGGAGCUUGGGCGCCUGCAUGUUCUCGCUCCUUACGGGCCAGCUGCCGGCGGGAUUGGCUGGGCCGCCCAACCGGCAUUGGACUCCCCCUUUCAGCCGCUACUGGUCACAUGAGCUUCAGGAGCUGCUGGCCCGGUUGCUGGCCUGGUCGCCCGGUCAACGGCCCACGGUGGCGCAGUUGCUGCGUGACCCGUGGUUCCGUGGCUUUAACUGGACGGCGCUGCGGGAGCAGAGGAUGCAGCCGCCCAGCAGCACGCCCUGGCGGGAGCUACUCUGGUGGCCUAGGGAGAACCGCCAGCUGCUGUGA